GACGCGUCACCUCAUUAACAUUCAUGAGCUGAGCCGCGCUGAAGAUUCGCAUCUUGCAGGAUGCACGAACAGCUGUUGCGCUGCAAACUUUACCCGACGUGCGUGACAACCGAGUGCGGGUGCGCGAUGUCCGAUCGAUCGGUCUGAAACGAUCGAAUCGGCCGUUUCCCGCUGGCUGAGUACCGAGUUAAAUACGAGGAAUGGCAAUGGAGCCAACAGGCUAACGCUAUGCUAACAGGCUAACGGCCGCUGUGAAGAGGAGUUGAUCACCUUCAUCCACAGUGAGACUCGGUGACAUUACCUGAAGACCACAUGGACUCGCUGCUGGACUUCGAGGAGUGUGUCAGAGACUCUCCUCACUUCAGACUGAAGCUCGAGCUGUUCGAGGCAGAUGUUUCUGUGCUGGAGACACAACUGGAAAAGGUGAUGAAGCUGUGCGGGAAGAUGGUGGAGGCGGGGCAAGCGUACAAUGCAGCCAAUCAGCUGUUCCUCACCGGCCUGGCUGAACUCUCCGCGCACAACAAGACGGACGACGUCAUCACAAACUGUCUGAGCCAGUUCAACCAGGGCCUUCAGGAGGUGGUCAGCUUCCACAGCAUGUUGUUUGAUCAGACUCAGAGAGCCAUCGGCCAGCAGCUCACCAACCUGUGCACACAGUUCCUGCCCCAGCUGGUGGAGACCAGGAGGGAGUUUGUCCGGAUCGGAGAGGACCUGGAGACGGCGGCGGUGAAAAGCGCUCAGGUGUCUCGGCACAAAGCCGGUGAGGCGGAGCGGGCGAGUCACCUGCUGCUCGCCACGCGCAAAUGUUACCAGCACUUCGCCCUGGACUACUGUCUGCAGCUGAACACGUUCAAGGCUCAGCAGAGAGUGGACAUCUUAAACUCAAUGUUCUCAUUCGUCCACGCUCAGUUCACCUUCUUCCACCAAGGGUUCGACCUCCUGAGGGACCUGGAGCCCGCCAUGAAGACUAUGGCAGCACAGCUGUCUCAGUUGUCAGCAGAAUGUGCAGCUCAGAGGAAACAGCUGGAGAACAAACAUCUGCUGGUUCAGCAGAGGGAUGCCUCUGGAGAGCAGACGGUGUCUCCGUGUCCAAACAGUGACGCCAUCAUCUCAGGUUUCCUCUUCAAACGCUCCAGGAGGAAACCCAAAACCUGGAAGAGGUACACUGGCCUCUACUAUACUGGUUUUUCCAUCAGAGACAACCAGCUCCUGUACAGGAAGUCUCCCAGGGAGGAGCCUCUGGUUCUGUUUGAGGAUCUCCGGCUUUGUGCCGUCAAGUCCACGGAGCACACGGAGCGCCGGUUCUGUCUGGAGCUGCUGUCCAUAAAGAAGUGCUGCGCCCUGCAGGCGGACUCGGACCUCGUGAAGCGCUCUUGGCUCGGCGCUCUGCAGGGAAGCAUCGACUUCGCCUACGGAGACGCCGGCUCACAGGCACCGUGUUCCUUUACAUGUCGACUUCUUCACGCGUGUUACUGUUGAUCUGCACCUCGGUAGACUGACUGAACCCCUGCCUGUGCUUAGCCCAGAGAGGCCCCGCCUCUGUCCCCGGGCCCCUCCCCCGCCCAGAGGCCCGCGGCGCUGGCCGUGGCCCUCGGGGGCCCCGGGAACCAGCGGUGCUGUGACUGUGGGGAGGAGGAGCCCCGCUGGGCCUCCAUCAACCUGGGGGUGACCAUGUGCAUCCAGUGCUCCGGCAUACACAGGAGCCUCGGCGUGCACCUGUCCAAGGUGAGGUCUCUCACUCUGGACUCCUGGGAGGCUGAGCAGCUGAAGCUGCUGUGCAUUCUGGGAAACGACGUGAUGAACCAGAUCUACGAGGCGAGGUGUUCAGAGGAAGGACGAGUCAAACCCGGCGCCGACAGCCCGAGAGCGGAGAAAGAGACGUGGAUCAAAGAGAAGUACGUGCACAAGAGAUUCCUGCACAGCAGCAUCUCGGAUGGAGCCCGUGGCGGGGAGGCCGGGCUGCGACUGUACCGGGCCGCGGCCGCCGGGGACCUGGUUGCCAUGGCAAUGGCGUUGGCCCAGGGGGCGCCGGUCAACGGGAGCAUCGACGAGGAGGCGGGGCGCACGCCGCUGAUUGGAGCCGCAGUUGGGGGCUCCAUGUCGGCCUGCGAGUUCCUGCUGCUCAACGGAGCCAACGUCAACCACCGCGACCUGAGGGGUCAGGGGGCGCUGCACGCCGCCGCCACCGCUGGCCACACCGGACUCGUGUGUCUGCUGCUGAAGAAAGGAGCCAAUCAGUACGCCGCUGACGAGCGAGGUCAGGACCCGCUGGCCAUCGCCGUGGAAACUGCUCACGCCGACAUCGUCACACUACUGCGCAUGGCCCGGAUGAACGAGGAGAUGAGGGAUUCAGACGGAUUCUUUGGCGCUUCGGGGGACGAUGAGACCUUUCAGGACAUCUUCCGUGACUUCAGCGAUAUGGCAUCACACGACCCGGAGAGGCUCAGCAGACGGCGGUUCAGCUGCGGGGGGGGAGGGGAGGAGCAGGAGGAGCAGGAGGAGGAAGAGGAGGACAGCGAACUCUGUAAAUGACACAAAGUGAAGAGCUGACGGACCGUCUGUGUCCUCGUCCUCGUCCUCGUGGUGCAGUCACUGCAGAAGGAUCUCGUUUUCAAUCAAUAUGAAGAUGUUUUUUCUCCUCAAUGGUCCAGUCUUCAUUUAGAAGUAUUUCAUUUAUUUAUAUCUGGUUUUAUUCAUGUUUAAUCUCGUUGAAACUCACAAUAGUUGUUAUUAAUGUUUUUACGUCACCUGGAGGUCAGUUGCAAUGUGCAGCUUCGCCACUAGAUGUCACUGAAUCCUUCAAGAGGACGGACCCCAAUGGUUCCAUCAUCAGCACAGUGCGCCCCCCGCUGGACUGAUGAGGAACCGCAGCGUCUUUCUGUGAUUCUCACACUCGUCGUCCUGCGGGCCGACUGGACCCCGGCGGGCCGCAUGUUUCACACCCGUCCAGGUGAUGAAGACUGAAGCACAAGCGUUUUAAUUUUUUAGCUUCUCUGCAUCUUCUCCUAAAUGUCGGGCGAGUUCAGCCUGGGGGGGAUAUUUCAUUUCCUUCCAGACGGUUCCGUCCUGUGAUGCUUAAUAAACCCUCAUACACGCUGACA